AUGGGAUUGUGGCGUAAAGCGCUGACGUCAAUGCACGCGACGGUUUUGCGCUCGAAACAGUCUCUCGGUCUCCAACUCAAGCUCCAGCCGGAAAAGGAUAUUUUCCUGUUUAAUGCCAAGGAGUCAGUUGCUGAUUGGACGGCGACGAGUGACAGGUCGAUUGGAGGACUAUCUGAGUGCCGCUGGGGAUUUUUUGCGGGUUCACCUGUAGCAGAUGAUAAAGACAUGAGUACGGAGGAGAAGAGCUCAACGAGGCUCAUUCACAAAGUGAGGAACCAGGACAAUGUCCCAUCUGCCGUGUUUGCUGGACGGCUGAAUACGGAGUGCCAGCCGACGGAGGUUGGUGUUGUCCGGAGUGGCUACUGCGCAGUGCGGGCACCUGUACCACUAGAGCUGCUCUUGCACGGCUACGAGGGGAUUGCAAUGCGAGUGAUGACGGAUGGGCGUGAGUAUCGCAUGAACGUCCAAAUGGAGAGCUGGAAUCCGUUUAACCUGUACAUGGGAUUUAUCCGGACGCCACCCAAUGAAUGGGUUGACGUUACUCUGCCAUUCUGCGACUUCUUGUUGACGGCCAAGGGCUUCGUUAAGAUGGACGAUGAGACAGAGCUUGAUCCUUCCAAGCUCAAAAGUGUCGGCUUUGCCAUCGCAGAUCAGAAGGAAGGCGACUUUGAGCUGCGUAUUCAAUGGAUUAAGGCGGUGGCCCGGUUACAGGCGUCGGACAAGGAUGAUCACAGUGGCGGUGACAAUGACGACAACGGUUGCUACGACAAUCCCAAGCGCAGAACCGAUUACUUCCGAAAGCCAGCAGAUCUGGUCAUCUAA